CCGCCUUGGUGCUUACUGUGGACAAAGCAAUAUUGAAUGACUAGCUAUAGCAACUUCCAGCCUUCUUAGACAAAAAGAGGAAGAGUUUCCAUGCCACAGACACAUUCUCUAUGAAAUUCUUCACACUGGCUUAAGAACUGAAAGCAUGCAGAGCAGAAGUUGUGAGCAGCAGGCUGCAACCCUAAAUUUAAUGAUGAGGAAUUCAGAGAAAAGCACUCCUGUGGGAAGCCAUGAAAACAUAUCUGAGGAUUCCUCAUCUUAUGAACUCUUUUAUGAUUCCCUGUCAGACAUACCAGAUGGGGAUUUUUCAAAUGACCUGUCUGCCUUUCUGAGUGAAGAGGAAAUAAGUAAAAGCCUUGAACUUGCUCACAAAUCUAUUACAAAUUCUGUACAGGAAGAUGAAAAAGCAACACAGGGGUUCACCUAUUACUUCAACACUUCUCCAAACUCACCAGAUGAUGACUCUUCCAGUGAGAACAAAGAACAAGAAAUUUCCAAGAGGACCCAGGUGACCAUCCCAAAUUCAUUGCGGAUUUCAGUACAACCAGAGCAGAAAAAACAGAAUACAUAUCCUCAAGAGGCUAACAAUUUUUUAAAUGGAAGUGGAAAACAAUCCAAUACCUCCCCCCUGCUACCUGCAAGACCCAGCUUUAUUCGCAGUCUAAAAAAUGCUGAAAAAUGUGGCCCAAAAUGCAAACCAGCUUCAACAGAUGAUGUUCCCUUCAAAAAUAAAAUAUGUGACAAAGCAGCUACUUUAAUUGAGGAGCUCUCCUCCAUCUUUCAGGAAGCAGCCAAGACAAAAGUCAGAAGCCCAGAUGGAAACUCCUCUUCUCCAGAUAGUGGAUAUCUUUCCCCUAAAAACAAACAAACAACCAUACCCAGUUCUUCAAGGAACCCAGCCCAUGACAAAAUAUGCAUAGAGGUUACAACAAAGAAUGAAAUACCUGAAGGUAUUGAUGCUGGAGAAUUUAUGCCACAAAGGAAGAAAGACUCUCAAGACAGUGAUGGUGUCUCCAUGAAUCAUGUCACGGAAGAAAGCCAUGAUCAGCCAUCACCCCCUCGAUUUAUCCAAAAACUCAGGAGUCAAGAAGCUGAUGAAGGAAGCAAGGUGAUACUUGAGUGCAGAGUUGUUGGAAACCCAACACAUGUUAGGUGGUUCUGUGAAGGAAAAGAACUACAAAAUUCCCCUGAUAUUCAGAUCUCUUGUGAAAGUGGAGGACUUCACACUCUAGUUAUAGCAGAAGCCUUUGAGGAAGAUACAGGACGCUACUGCUGCCUGGCCUCAAAUUCUAUUGGCUCUGAUUCUACAUCAGCAGAAUUAUUUGUUGAAGGUGCCAGCUCCUCAGAUUCUGACAGUGAAAUUUUUAGAUCAAAAUCUGGAGCCAUGCCACAGGCCCAGAAGAAAAGCACUUCUGUUUCUUUAACAAUAGGACCUUCUGCUCCAAAGGCUGGAAUUACUACAGCCGUAAUCCAGCCUAUUGCAGUGCCGAAUCAGCAGGUCCAAAGUCCUACUUCAUACCUUUGCAGAUUAGAUGGAUCAAAAUCCAGUCAUGCUGCACCUAUUUUUACUAAGGAGCUACAAAACUCAACAGCAAGUGAAGGACAAGUAGUUGUUCUUGAAUGCAGAGUGAGGGGAGCACUUCCCUUGCAUGUCAUGUGGUUUCGGCAAGGGAUAGAAAUUCAGGAUUCACCAGAUUUCCGAAUCCUUCAAAAAAAGCCCCGGUCUGCAGCUGAACCUGAGGAGAUAUGUACACUGGUGAUAGCAGAAACCUUUCCCGAGGAUGCAGGAAUCUUCACAUGCACAGCAAGAAAUGAUUAUGGAUCGGUCACGAGCAGUGCAAAACUGACUGUGCUGUCAGCCAACUCUGAAAGCUGCAGCCAAGAACUGUUGAUGCAAGAGCAGGAUGAUGAUGACUUUCACCACUUCCCACCUCCACCUCUAAAUUUUGAGAUUAGUUCUGUUGAGCUUCCUCCAAAGCACUCAGAGAACCAUGAGAUGAACAAUACUCGAUCAAGUGUAGCAGCUCUUCAACUACAGCUUAACUGUGCAGAGAAGCAAACCAAUGGUGUUCAUCCCAGCCAUGGAGUAAAUGGGAUGAUGAAUGGCAACACCAAAACUGACAAAUCUCCUCAUCCUGGUAGCUUGCUUUCACCCACAAAAACACCACCACCUGUGCUUGCUAAGCCAAAGCUGGACCCCCUAAGAAUUCAGCAGUUGCAGAACCAAAUCCGACUGGAAAAAGAAGCUUCUCAGCAGCAGCAAGCUGGUUUCCACCAAACUCUGCCCUCAUCUCCAACUUUUCCACCUCCACCUUCAUUCCAAGAACUUGAGUCCAGCCACUCUGUUGCUUGCACCCCUGUGCAAAUGAGUGUUCUCAACUCUCAUUCUGCUCCCACCAUGCAGUCAUCCAGCUCCUUCAACUAUGCCCGUCCCAAACAAUUCAUUGCUGCACAGAACAUCAGCCCUGCUUCAAGCUAUGUGACACCUUCAUCCGGAUCUUCCACAUCAAGCCUCCCAUCCCCUAUGUCUCCAACUACUUCACAGAAACAAUUUAGCAGAACAUCUGUUCCCCCUUUCUCCCAACCAUUUUCACCUGAGGGGGAGUACCCAUGGUCUCCUUCCCCACCUCCUCCACCACCACCUGUUUUUAGUCCAACUUCCACUUUUUCGGUGGCUGAUUCCUUUCCACUGCCACCACCACCUCCACCACCUCUCCCCACCUCUAUCCCUUCACCCUCCCGCAGUCUUUCUCCAACAUCUAGAUUUUCCAACUCUACCCAGUCACCAGCAGCUUUCCUCAGCUCCAUGCUACCGUCUCAACCACCUCCAGUCUCUGUUAAUGCACUAGGACUUCCAAAGGGUGUCACACCUCCGGGGUUUCCAAAGAAAACAGGCAGAACUGCCAGGAUUGCAUCUGAUGAAGAGAUUCAGGGCACAAAAGAUGCUGUUAUACAGGACCUCGAAAGAAAACUUCGCUUCAAGGAGGACCUCUUGAACAAUGGCCAGCCAAAGUUAACGUAUGAGGAGAAGAUGGCUCGUCGACUGCUAGGUGCUGACAAUGCUGCAACUGUCUUUAAUAUUCAAGAGCCAGAAGAAGAGUUGGCAGGACAGGGAACUGGCUCUGUUGAUGCUUCUGUAGUGACUCCUGAGGAUAUUCAAAAGGAAUACAAAGUCUCCAGCUUUGAACAGAGGCUGAUCAGUGAGAUUGAAUUUCGGCUGGAGAGAUCUCCUGUAGAAGAGUCUGAUGAUGAAGUGGAGCAUGGAGAAGAUAUCCUUGAUAACAAUGUGGCUCCUUACUUUGAAAUGAAGCUGAAACAUUACAAAAUAUUUGAAGGAAUGCCAGUCACCUUUACAUGCAGAGUGUCUGGAAAUCCAAACCCAAAGAUUUAUUGGUUCAAAGAUGGGAAGCAAAUCUCUAAAAGGAGUGAACACUAUAGGAUGCAAAGAGAACCUGAUGGGACCUGCUCUCUCCACACUACAGCCUCCACCCUGGAUGAUGAUGGGAAUUAUACUAUCAUGGCUGCCAACCCACAGGGCCGAGUAAGCUGUACAGGAAGGCUGAUGGUUCAGGCUGUCAACCAGAGAGGACGCAGUCCACGAACACCGCCUAGCCAGCCUCAUGUCAGAAGACCUCGCUCACGAUCAAGGGAUAGUGGAGAGGAAAAUGAACCAAUCCAGGAACGCUUCUUCCGACCUCAUUUCCUGCAGGCCCCAGGGGACCUGAUAGUACAAGAAGGAAAACUUUGCCGAAUGGACUGCAAGGUCAGUGGCUUGCCAACCCCAGAUAUCAGCUGGCAACUCAAUGGAAGAGUAAUACGUUCAGAUUCCUCCCACAAAAUGCUUGUGCGUGAAAAUGGUGUACACUCUCUGAUAAUAGAGCCAGUCACAGCAAGGGAUGCUGGCAUCUAUACAUGUGUGGCAACCAAUCGAGCUGGUCAGAACACAUUCAGCCUGGAACUGAUUGUUGCAGCUAAGGAAGCACACAAGCCCCCUGUAUUUAUAGAGAAACUGCAAAACACCGGGGUAGCUGAGGGGUAUCCUGUGCGACUGGAAUGCCGCGUUUCAGGUGUGCCACACCCUCAGAUCUUCUGGAAGAAGGAAAAUGAGUCACUCACCCACAAUACAGACAGAAUGAGCAUGCACCAGGAUAAUCAUGGUUACAUAUGCCUGCUUGUUCAGGGAGCAACAAAAGAAGAUGCUGGUUGGUACACGGUAUCAGCGAAGAACGAGGCUGGAAUUGUUUCCUGCACAGCAAGGCUUGAUGUCUAUACUCAGUGGCAACAACAACCCCAGACCACGAAGCCAAAGAAGGUCCGUCCCUCAGCUAGUCGCUAUGCAGCACUUUCUGACCAAGGUCUAGACAUCAAAGCUGCGUUUCAGCCAGAAGCAAAUCCAGGACACCUGACGCUGCAAUCUGGAUUGGUAGAAAGUGAUGAUCUGUGAAUCUUAGUUAUCAGAUCAAUCAUUUUCUUUCAAAGUGAAAACACUGAAAGCCAUAAUCUUGACCAAUGAUAAUUUAUGCCACUUUAUGUAAAAGGCAAACACCUUUGUGUGCAAAACAUAAGGAAUACCGUACUCACAUAUUCUUGCUCAGUGUAACAAAUUAAGAGUAGGUAGUGAUUAUCCAACAGAAAUGUAAAGCCUGCACACACAAACACUCAAACACCAUAAGUUUCUUAUUAGUUUGUGGGUUGUACUAUGUUUGAACAAUCCUAUUCACAAAUGCCAAAUGCUGAAGUGAAUGUGAUUUUUCAGAAGCAAAAACACUGCUGAACUUAUCACCAAGUGCCUUUGCAAGUUGUAGGUGCUGUUAUUAAUGCUAGCCAUUUUAUUGGGCCACAACACAAUUCCCAAGUGUAUCAGCAAAUGCAUUCUGAUAAUGACAGUGAAAAUGUGCAAUAGUAAAGGAAUAAAACAAGACAGAGAAAGAAAGUAAGAACUAAGUAACAUGUAAAUGGCUUUCUGUUUUCCAAAGAGAAAGCAGCUACUUGCCUUAAAUUGUGCUUUUUAUAGGGAAGGGAGCUUCACAUGUGAAGGCUUCAUUUGACUUUUGCCAAUUGAGAAGUGAACCUUCUCAUUCACAUAAUUUAGAAUAUGGACAAAAUGAUGGGAUUGUCUUGCAGUUUUACAGUGUUAGAUUUGUAACAGUGGGAUGGAAUAAAGCAAAAGGCCAGACCUUCUUCAGAGGAUGAAACUAUUGCGGGUGAAAACAUUGCAGUUUAUCUCUCUGAAAUUCCAUGGUUACCUAAAUGUUUUUUAAAGAAAUACUGGACAUUUGCUUGACCAGAACCUACAUGACAAAAGAGUGGAUAUUUAGGUGCUAUAGAGUAAGUAAGUGGGGAAAGGAGUGAAUCUGUAAUAAAGUUAAAUAAUAAGCACAUACUAUAAUAGAUUGGUAGAUAUGGGGGGAUGCAGAAUGAUAAGUAAAUGGUGUUACAUUUUAAAACACUGUAGGCAUGUUUAUUAGAAGUUACCUUUUUGUGUUCUUGCCUACCACAGCAUGAACAUUAACCCUGUCUAUGGCUAGGACCUUGCGAAGAAAUUUAAAAUGGUUGAUGUUCCAGAAAGUAGACUCUGUAUCUAAUUAGGCUUUCUGUAGACAGAAUUAAGCAAUUUGGAUUCAAAAUUAAUUAAUUUUAAUUGGGAGAGAGUAGUAAGCCACUCCAUUUGGUUCUGGCAGAAAAAAUGUGGUUAUGAUGGUACAAGAAUACUUUGCUACAAAAGGAAAACACUGUAUUCCUUAUAUGAAGCACAUUGAUAGUACUUUAUUUAUAAUAAAAAUGAUGAAUCUUU